GUUUAGCUAAAAUUAUGAUGUGAGCCAUAUCAAGCAUUUUCAUUUCGUUGUUUGAUGGUAAAAAUGAGAGGAAUAGAUACAUUUGGACUCACCUUCCUGUUGGUGAUCACCCAGCACGUAUGCUGCACAGAAGACGAGCGGACAAGGGGCGCUGCAACCCCUGAGACGGAUCUUGGGCUUGGGGACGUUGGGAUGAGGCCGCCGGUCAUCUUCCCAUCCUCAAGCCAGGGCGCGACCACGGACAGUCACGUAGCCGCCGCCACAAUCACACGGACACCAUCAAACUCUUCUAUUCGACCAAUUACGAGUGAAACUGCAGUCACAACUAACGACACGCCCAAGAGCACUACGACGAGCAGCACCAAGAAGACCACCAGAACAACGACAACAACGCCAGAAACUACAACUGGUUUGACCACUACUGCUUCAACAACAUCGAGUCUAAAAACCACGAGUACAUCCGACCCUACAACACGGGCAACCCAACGAUUUACCGACACACCAGUUGCAUUUGUAAGUCAUCAGUUGACCACUAAUGUCGCUUCAAAACAACCAAAUAGAACAGAGUCAGUCCAAGACGCUUCCGUGGCAAUGCUAAAAUAUACUACACUGAAUGAGUCAGAAACGACAACGGCAACCCAUACCAGCCCUAGUGAAAUAAAGGAGGUGAAUCAGACGCAAUCUGCUUCUUCCGGGGUUACACAAUCUAGUGGUGAUUUAGAAGCUACAGAACCUGUCUUCAAUACAAAUAGUUCCAUUCAAUAUGAAAAAAAUAACAAUAAUACGAGCAACAUGACAGAUUUAAACGAAUCUUUCCCCGUAGAAGACUUUACAACAUACGACACUUUUUGGCCGAUCGCGAUGGCGUUAACUAUAGGGAUUCCCGCCAUCGCGGUGUUCGGGGUGACGAUCGCGGUCCUCUACCGGAAUCGGCUUGGCAAACCCCGUGGCCUCCUCGCCGCGUUCGACGACGAAUACAACAGGAAGUUGUGAGGCGGGCGACAGGGUGUACAAACACGAACGCAUAACAUGUGACAACUGUGAUAAAAGAAUUGACCGUUAAAUAUUGUUGAAUCUCUUUUGAUACACGAGUACAAAAGGAGGCAUGGCAAUUCGCUUUUAGGGAAUAGGGAAAUUGUUUAGGUCAAAGAAACACGUUCUGCGUGUGAAUCAUUUAAAAGGGACCCUUAAUUAUGGUCUUUAGCAAAGCCAUGAUAUUUUUGAUGGAUUGAUAACAUCGCCAUUUAUUUUGUUAAAUAAAAAAUAACAUUGAAAGUUCUGAAAUCUUCAUAUGAACUAGAGCUGAUUUCAUAUUGGUAAGUUAUUCGACAAUAUACCUUUGACCGCAGGAACUAAAUAUUCUGACAUUUACAGGCACUUUAAAUUCUUCAUGUUUUUCUAGUCAUUUGCAGUACCCAGUGCUUCUGCUUCCAACUGGCACGAAAUUUAUUAGUUCAUUGCAUGUCUGCAUCAAUGGUUUCAAACGAGUGUUCCUCUUGCACUGAUUAUUGAGUAGUUCCUUUCAAUCCAUGCAAAACUCUAGUUGCCGUGGUAACGAAAAGGUAAC